CGAAAAUUGACCAGCGUUGGGCGAGCUGUUUUCUUUCAGAACCUGGAAAACCUCCAGUGCGUGACAAGAAUGCCAGGUCCAUUAGGACGUCCCGAUAGUAGCUAUCGUUUCUAGUAUCUGAAGGGGCAGGGCCCCGCUGCAGCAGCUAUGGGCCUCCCAGCAGCGGAGCUGCUGCUGAAACAGUUCUUACGGGCGGGAGAUGAGAUCGUGAACAAGACCUCUCCACAGGAGAACCUGGUUGCGCUGCUGUCAGAGCCGCGCUUCGGCCGCUGCCUUACCUCGCUGCGGCUGCUGGUGCGGCACCAGUUGCCGCUGCUGGUGAAGCAGCUGGACGGAUGGCGCAGCAGCACACACAGCGCGCUGUCGCGCAUGCCGGAGAAGACGGAGCGGGAGCGCAUGCUGGUGUUUAGCAAGCGGGCCGCCAUGGAAGUGGUGUACUUCGAGGCGGCGCUGCAGCUGCUGGACUGCUACUGCGACGACUUCCUGGACAGCCCCGAGUUCGUGGCCUACUACGAUGGACUGCAGCAGAUUGCGUUCCGCUGGCUGCUGGUGGCCGACGACCUGUUCUCCACCCUGGACCUGUCGGCGCUGAACCGGGUGGUGGUGGGGCUGGCGGGCCGGGUGCUGGGUGCCGUCAGCCGCAAGAUCAGCCUCAGCCACGUCGUGGAGCCCUUCCUAAAGGCUCUCACGGACCGCAUCAACCCCAAGAAGGACGCCAGCGGCAACAAGCCCAACUACGACGUGCUGCGGGCGCAGAUUGUGCGGCUGGCCAGCGGCAUGCGGCACGUGGUGCUGUCCUUCGACACGGAGGAGUCGGUGCGCGAGGCGGUGGCGUUCCUGAGGCGGGCGCACCCACUGGCGCACACGGCGCCCAUCAAGAAGAGCCAGAUCCACCACGCGCUGUGCGACAUGCUGGCCUGCAUCCUGCUGCCGCUGGUGCGCUCCGACGCGCCGCAGCGGGCCGCCGCCGUGCUGGGGCUGCCGGCGCUGGAGGGCUGGUACGCGGCAGUCAUGACCUUGCGCAACGACAUCACCACCUGGAUGAACAAACACGCCAAGCACAUCAACGACGGCUACCCUCUGUCCACGGUGCUGGUGUGCCUGGCCAGCGACCGCGACUACAGCGCCAACAUAGACUCGGCCGCAGACUUCCUGCACAAGGGGCUCAAGGUGAAGGAGGCCCGCGCCGUGUGUGUGCGCUGCCUGGUGGUGCUGGCCUGCUCCUACCUGUCCCGCUACGGCGCGCACAUCAUAAAGCACGAGCUGUUCAAGUGGCUGGGGCGGCUGCUGGCGCCCGUGACGGCGCUGGCCAAGAAGGGAGGACUCACCAUCGCCGAGAUGCUGGACGUGAUCGCGCCCAUUGCGGAGCUCUCGCCCGAGUUCGCGGUGCAGGCGCUGGUGCUGGAGCUGCUGCAGAGCGAGGUGCCUGACUGCGUGCUGGCGGGGCUCAAGGCGCUGCAAGGCCUGGUUCUGACGGCGCCCUCCAUCUCCGCGGCCGCGGCGGCGACGUCCGCGACAGCCGCGGGUCAGCCGGGGCAGCCAGCCCACCAGCGUACCACCAUGCAACACACCGCCGCGAGCUACUCUACGGGCGCGCUGGGCGCCGGCGGCGGCAGCACCGGCGGCGGCCUGCCCGCCAGCGGCAGCAGCUCCGGCCUGCAGGGCCUGCUGCGCCGCACGCACACGCCCUCUUUCGGCGGCCUGGGCCUCGCCAUCGGCAACGGCGGCGGCGCAUCCGCCGCCGCCGCCGCGGCUGCGGCCGCAGGCCCCACCGUAAGCGCCGCUGCAGGCGGUCCCACCACCGCCGCCUCUUGGGCCGCGGCGCACGGCGCCGCAAUCGACUUGCUGCGCCGCGGCGUGCACCCGCUAGAGGUGCUGGGAGUGUCGGCACACCUGCCGCGCAUCAACGCGGCGCUGGGCAAGCUGCUGGAGGGCUGGCACCCCGCGUACGGCAGCUACGUGCUGUACGGCGGCGUGGAUCCGAACUGGAAGGAGAAGGCGGGCGGGCUGCCGCUGCUGGUGGCGCUGGUGCGGCUGCUGCCGUACCUGCGGCCGGACACGUGGACGACACGCGUGCGGCCGCUGGACGUGCUGCCUAGCUACACGGCGCACGUGGAGGGGUCCAUGCGGGCGGCGGCGGUGGACGCGCUGGCCGGCCUCAUGCGCGGCAGCCCGCACCUGCGCAACGGGCUGUGCUGCACCUUCGCCGCGUUCACCUGCAGCCUGCCAGACGACGCCGUGCAGAUCACGCGCGACUCCCAGGCGCUGCUGCGGCAGCUGAUGGAGCUGUGGGGCGGCCUGCUGGCGGAGCGCGCGGCGGGCGACGCACCCGAGCUGAGCGCCGCGGGCGGCGAGGCGCUGUCGCUGGACGUGGCGCGGCUGGAGGGCUGCGGGCUGGUGUGCCUGGCCAGCCACGACGAGGCCGUCAGGCGGGAGGCGCUGCAGUCGCUGGCGCUGGUGCGCACGCUGCACCAGGCCGUGCUGGCCGCCGCGCCCUACGAGGCGCCGCCGCCACUGGCGCUCGCGCUGAUCAAGGGCGGGCCCGGCGCCACCAGCGGCGGCGGCAGCCUCACCGCCUCGGCACGCAACCUCAGCAACGGCGGCCUGUCGAACUCGGCGGGCGGCGCGGCGACGGGGCCGGCGGCGGCGCGCGUGGCCACGGCGCACGGGCACGGCCGCAGCGCCAGCCGUGAGAGCCUGGACAUUCUGGAGGGCGGCACGCCCGGCGCUGUUGCGGCGAACGGGAGAGGCAUGCUGUCGGAUGCAGUCGACGGCGGUGGCGGUAGCGGCGGCGGCGGGGACUCCGGCCCGCCGCCGACCUAUGUGAUUGAGUUGAUUGAGGAGAGCGGGCCGGCGCUGCUGCGGGCGACGUACUGGGACUUCGGCGACUGGUCGGACCUGUGGCGCCUGUACAAGGAGGUGCCGGGGCACGUGGCCUUCGAGGACGUGCUGGUGGCUCCCGCGCGCGCCGGCGACGACCUGCCGCGGGUGCGGCUGGCGCGCAGCCUGCUGGAGCUGAUGGCGCUGGCGGUGCGGCUCACGCCGGCGGCGGCGGGCGUGGCGGGCUGCGAGCUGGUGGUGCGGCUGACGCGCAUGCUGGGCCGCGUGGACGGCAAGCUGGUGCUGCUGCCAGACUACGUCGACACGGUCAAGCGGGAUGCCUGGCGCAACGUGAGCGCCGCGGCGUGUGUGGUGCCGCAAGCGCUGAGGGAUAAGACCCUGGAGCGACUGGGCAAACCGCGGCCGCCCAUCACCAUGCGCGACGUGGUGCGCAUGCACCUGGCCAUCGUGACGGGCUCCAGCGCCAGCAUUGGCGGCGGCCCCGUGCCGCCCACCAUGCAGCUGUGCAGCACCAUGGCGCUGGGCCACGUGUCGCCCGACCUGUACGGCGUGUUGCUGGAGGAGCUGGCGCCCUACUGCGACGAGUUCAUGGCCUCGGGCCGGGCGGCGGGCGGCGGCGGCAGCAAGAGCAGCAAGGCCAAGGGGCGCGCGGACGAGCUGCGGCGCACCGUGUCGCACGUGUUCAGGGUGCUGUCGGAGCGCGUUCCUGCCGAGGUGCUGGCGGCGCACCCGCUGCUGCGCUCCCGGCUGGUGGAGUUCCUGCGCGACACCUACACGCACCUGCGGCCGCACGCCAUCAGCAGCGACGCCUUCUGGGAGUCGGCGCAGGUGGCCUACGCGCUGACGGCAGCAAUCCGCCACGUCGCGGUGCCGCUGCGGCCGCUGCUCAGCCAGACCAUCACCGUCGCGGGCGCGCCCGGGGCCGGCGGGCCGUCGGCGCUUGCGCGCGACUCCCAGGGCCGCGCCGCCGGCGACACGGCGCCGGCCACCACGACGCUGCGCAAGAUGCUGUGGGAGAUGCUGCUGGUGUGGACGGAGGAGGCGUACAUCCUGCUCAAGGACAUCAAGGGGCUGGUCGCGGCGCUGCCCCAGGGCGCGGACGCCGCCGCUGCCAUCCGGCAGUCCAAGGAAUCCAACUACAGCCGCGCAGUAGCCAUGGGCAUAAACGCCGCCAUAUCCAAGCACAAGGAGCCUCCUGAGGGCCUGCGCGAGGAGUUGCACCUGGCGGCGCACUACAUCAACCACUCCACACGACUGGCCAUGGCGGCACUGGUGGAGGGCCCGGUGUUCGACAACGACACGCGCUGGCCGCAGGGCUCGGUCUUCACCUGGAUCGACAAGCUGCUGGCCGUAGGCGGCGGCCGGCCCGAGCCGCCCGCCACCAUGUCGGGCGGGCACCAGAUGGCGGGCCCGCGCCGCCGCGACGUGGGCUGCCGUGCGCUGCGCGCGCUGCUCACACACAACCCGGAGCUGUUCGACGCCUGUCUCAACAAGUGCUACGACUCCAGCCUGGCCAUUGCGAACGGGUACUUCCAGGUGAUGACGGAGGUGUAUGCGCUGUACCCGGGCGUGCGCUGCCCGCCGCACGUGAUGCUGGCGCUCAUACUGGUCAAGAUGGUGGACAGCCUGGCAGAGGUGCGCGAGGACGCGCUGCACAUGCUGCACGUGCUGUCGCUGCGCGAGUGGCAGCAGCCCGCGGCGGCGCCGCUGCCGGCCAGUGUGGAGCUGCUGGGCGCCGGCGGCGCGGGCUCGGGUGCGGACGGCAGCGAGGCGGGCGGCGGCGCGGCGUCCGAGGAGCAGGCGCCUGUGGUGGUGGGCGGGCUGCAGGACUCGUACCAGCAGUUCCAGUACCUGCUAUCAUGCAAGCUGGCCAGGGACCACCCCGAGCUGUCCGAGGCGCUGUGCGAGGAGCUGAUGACGCGGCAGCUGGAGUGCGAGGAGGCGGCCAUCCAGCACCCCGUGCUCACCAGCCUGGCGCCCUGGAUGGAGAACCUGGUCAUCAGCUUCCCCUGGCGCGGCAACUGGAGCGAGCGGCUGCUCAAGAGCCAGUACUACGUGACACUGCGGCACGGCGGCGCCUUCCCCUUCGAGGUGGAGCGGCUGUGGACGCAGCUGGCGCGGCGCACGCGCAACAUCAACCCCAUCCUGGACUUCCUGCUGCACCUGGGCAUGGCCACAGCGCUGCAGACUGACCUGCAGGCGAUGCUGGAGUUCUUCGGCGUCGCCAAGCGCAUCGUGCUCUUCCUGGCGCGCGUGUCGCCCGCCGAGACCCUGGGCUACCUGGCUAUUGAGCUAGCCAAGCAGCAGCAGGAGGAGGAGCCGGGAGGCAGCGGCGGGGCGGAGGCGGCGGGCGGCGCGGAGCGCCGGCUGGCCGGGCGUGGCGGCUGGGGCGGCCCGGCGGCGGUGCUGGCGGCGGUGCCGCUGGUGUUUGGGACGUCGCUGGACUGCAUGGUCGCAGGAGACGAGCGCCUGCUCGCGGCCUCCUACGAGUCCGUGGCCUCCGCCUCCAACCAGUCAGCCGCCAGCAGCAGCCACCCGCACCACUCCCACCAGCAGCACUACCCGCACGGCUACGACGCCGGCGGCGCCGGCAGCCGCGGCAACAAAAGCAUGGACCUGGCGAGCGGUGGCGGCGGCGGCGUGAUGCGGGCCAUGAGCGGCCGGUCGGACGCGAGCGGCAGUAGCCGGUCGGAUGCUAACGGAGGUGGUGGUGGCGGGCCGCCGUCGUCUGUGGCAGACAGCGCCAUGACGCACCACCACGCCGGCCAGCUGCGCGGCGGAGGGUCGGAUUACCGCAUCCGGCUGCCGGAUGACGGCAGCAGCCACGGCGGCGACGGCCGGCCCUCACCAACCCGCCCGUCGCGGGCGCAGUCGGCGGGCGGCGGCGGGCUGGCGGGCAACAGGGCGCUGCUGACACGCCCCGAGCUGGUGCUGUGCUGCCUGGCCGAGGUGGUUCUGGAGCACGAGGUGGACCCGCAGCACCUGCCGCUGCUGCUGCACGUGGCGGUCACGGCGGGGGACCACGAGGAGCCGGUGGUGGCGGCGCACGCGCAGCAGCUCGUCAUCAACCUGCUGUACAGCCUAUCGGCCAAGUACGGAGUGGAGGGUGGAGCGGACGCGGCUGCCGCCGCAGCCAACGGCGCGGGCGGGCCGCACAGCCACGGCCACGGCCACAACGCCCACCACGGGCACGGCCACGGCGCCAGCGGCGGCACCGCGCCUGGCUCCGGCCUGAGCCCCGCCGCUGCUGCGGCUCAGCUCGCCAUGGUCGGCUCCCUAGUCCGCUACCUGCAGUCGCUUCGGGGCCGGCGGAUGUGGCCGUGGGAGGAGUUCCGGUUGGCAGGGCCGGCCGCGGUGGCGGCCGUGGCCGCAGCCUGCGGCGGCGCCGCCGACGGCCAGCUGACGCCGAGCUCCGGUGCGCUGGGGUUGCUCACGGUGUCGGUGGUGGAGGCGCUGUCAUGCGAGGAAGACCUGGGCAUGGAGUGGGCCGCGCGCGCGCUGGACUGGGCGCAGCACGCGCGCAGCAGGCACGCCGCAUGCCGCUCCUGGCAGGUGCUGCGCGCGCUGCGGCCGCCGCUCAAGGCAGACCUGGCGGCGGCGCUGGUGCUCAGCCUGGAGGCCUGCUUCGCCGCCGGAGGCGGCGCCGGAGGCGGCGCCGCCGGCCCUGGCGGCGGCGUCGCCGCCGUGCCGGCCGGACCCGGGUACCUGCUGUCCGGAGGGGCAGGCGGUGGAGGUGCCGGUGGUGGAGGCAGCUUGGCCGGGUGCGAGGUGGCGGUGGAGGUGAUCUCCACCACGCGCGUGCUGGUGGCGGCGCUGCCGCCUGGGCGGCUGGUGCUGUACCCGCAGCUGUGGUGGUCAGCACUGGCGCUGCUGCACUCGCCGCACGUGGCCGUGUAUCGUGCCGCCCUGGGGCUGCUCAGCACCUGCCUGGGCCCCGCCACUGCCAGCUCGGGGCUGCACCCGCACGCCAACGGCUACGCGAUAACGUACGGCGGCGCCGGUGGCGGCUGGCACGGGAUGGGGCACGCGCAGCAGCAGCAGCCGCAGUUGAGGCUGUCGGCGGCCAAGGUGCAGGCGGUGCUGCUGGCGGCGGCGCCGGGGCUCAGCGCGGGCCAGCUGCUGGCGGCGAGCCACGCGGCGGCGCUGCAGGACGGCGGAGCGGACGACGCGGACCCCUGGGUGUUGGGCCACCACCUGCUCAAUGUGCGGGAGGGGGCGUCGCCCUACGGCAGCCUGGCGGUGCAGCAGCUGCUGCUCCGCGGCCUGACGCACCCGCUGACGGUGGUGCCAAGCCUGCAGCUGCUGGCGGCGCUGGGAGACGCCCUGGCCCACCAGGCACAGAUGCUGCUCGCGCGCGCCGGUCCCGGCCACCACCACCCACUCCACCACGCCGCCUCCGCCAUGCUCGCCUCCUCCGCCUCCCAGCGCGACGUUGACGGCCCUGACCAGGGCACCUACGACACUGCCGCCGGCGGCGAAGCCGCCGGCGACGGCCGCGGAGCGGGCCGCGGCGGCGCCACCGUCGCCUCUGGUGGCGUGGUGCCUCACACCGACUCGCUGCGCAAGCACCGCGCGCUGAAGCUUGACUCAUUCCAAACGCUGCUGGGCAGCUGCCGCAGCCAGCUGUUCGUGUCGCUGAUGGGGCUCCUGCCGCUGGUGCUGGCGCUGCACGGCGGCGGACCCGCCGGCGGCGAGGACGUCGCCACGUUGGCGGCAGGGCUGGCGCCGUCCGGCAGCGGCGGAGGCGCUGGCGGAGGAGGUGGAGGUGGCAGCAUGGCGGCUUCGUCCGUGGGCAUGCACACCAGCGGUGGAGGCGGCGCCGUGCGCGCGAGCGGCUCCCGGCCUGGCGGUGGAGGCGGUGCGGCCGGCGGCGCGGCGGGCGCCGGCGGGCUGGCUUCUGCGUUUGGACUUGGAUUUGGAUCCGGCGGCGAGCUGUCGGUGGAUCCGGAGGAAUUGGAUUCCGCCAUCGCGCAGGCGGUGGCAACGCUGGGCCGUACGGCGGCGGCGCUGGGCAUGCCCGACAUCAGCUCCCACCUGCAGGCUCUUGCCUCGCCGUCGGUGUGUCACGAUCCCGACCAGGUGGAGUCGGUGACGACGGCGCUGUUGGGCCAGCUGGCGAGCUGCUUGUUCCCGCGCUACGCGCGCUGGUUCCUGCACCACGUCACUGACCUGCUUCUGGGCGGCAUUGGCGCGCCCGCGCCGUCCGCGUCGGCGUCCGCUGGCGGGCUGGGCGGUGCGGUGGGGGCCGGCGGCAGCAUGGGCGGCUUCGGGUACGGCUACGCGGCUGGCAUGGCUGGCGGCGCGACCACGGCGGCGGCGGUGAUGGCGGCGUCGUCUGCCGCGACGGCUGGCGGCGGCCUGCCGCCAGCGCCGCGGCAGGUGCGGACCGGGCUGCUGCUGCUGCGCUGCUUGUUCCGUGUGGAGGGGCUGCGGCUGGGCCCGGCGGCGGCGGCGCUGGUGGCUGACGGCGCGGUGCUGGCGCCGGUGGUGGCGCUCAGCGGCGGGCCGCUGGCGGCGGCGGCGCUGGACACCAUGGCCGCCGCCAUGACGUACUGCAGUACGGAGGCCUUCCAGGCAGACCUGGCGGCGGCCGCCGCAGCCGCGUCAGCCGCGGCUGCGUCCAGCGGCGGCGGGUCCGGCAUCGGCAGUGGCGGCGCCGGCAGUGCGGCGGCGGCGGUGGCGGCUGCAACGGCGGCGAUGGUGAUGCCGCGCACGCUGUUCCCGCCGCCAACGCUGGUUGCGGCAUCGCUGAAAAAGGUGGUGGACACGUUGGGCAGCAGUCUGCGGCGGCGCAACAAGGCGGUUCGGCUCAUGCCGUUCCUGGGGAGCGCACCUGCAUACGGAGACUGAUGACGGGGUGGUGCUUGGGUGAGCUGCAAGGGGCAAGGGAAGGAAGCAUGUGUGGUGGGGAGCUUAGCGGGUGGUGGAGCAUAGCGCUGGGCAACGAAACGGAAUGAGCGGGCAGGACACUAGAUAGGCGGAGGCAGGUGGCUGGUGUCGACGGUGCGCACGCACAGGGUGACGCUGACAUGUCAAGAUGGGGACAACGAGUGCAGCCUAACGAACCAGCUUUCUGCGCGAGGCGUUGAUAUUCGAUUAGGACUUUGCAGUGUUACAUAGACGGCAGGAUACCUAGGCUUAGCAGUGCAUUGAACUGGAGGUGCAAGGGAAACGGGGGUUGACCGCGCAUUCUAUGUUGAGUAGUCAGCUGAGAUGUGAGGGUGCGGCGCAGAGGAGUACAACGGCGUUUGGCAAACCCAGCAGAGUUAGGUACGCCGUCGGAGUGGUGAAGUGCCUAGUACCAUACCACACGGCACCGGCCAGGCGGGUGUAGGUCUUCCAGAUUGACGGGUGCAACGCAGGUAUGGGGGGCCACGCAGUGUUCACUGCAACAGGGGAUGCGCUCGACUGGCCCGACGACGCGUUCCUACCUUGGUUCCUGGGUUCCGUGGAGCUUGCGACUAGCCUUUGAGAGGGUGACCAGCAGGCAUGGCUACGCGAGGGGUGUCACAACGCCUUAGCCUGCCACAGCAGCCUGUACUUGGGGUUUGGGGCCGCAUCAUGGGGGCGCACCGUCGCAAGUAUGUG